ACUUGUGCUAACAUAGUGGUGCAAGUUUAACAUAUACGUGAGUUAAAUUAUGUUCACUUGCCAACAGAUUACGUAGAUUCAUGUACGCAUGUUGUCAUCACAUGGUCGUAGUCAUGGCUGCCUGCUGUGUUUCUGCAUUUUUUCGUCACUGGUGUGCGCGUGACUUUCGCCGUGCAGUGCGUAGAAGUGGCAUCGCAAAAACUUUGUCACGUGUUAAGCAAUAUCGAGUUUCCUCCACACUGUCACUACACAUGUAGUUAUCGCGACCGGUAACAGUUACACGGACACAUUCGCUUCGAAAGACCGUGCAACGCGGCGAUAGGGCCGAGGCAUGGCUUUCACUUGCAGACGCCUUUUCAGCGGCCACUCGCUCAAGCGCGCAUACCUGACACUUUCCAAAGCCUGCAGCCAUGCAUCGAACCCAGCCGCUACGACCUCUCGAGGCUGCGACACCGGGAUAUUGCUUUACGACCCCAUCACCCGCGAAAAGAGGCGGUUCGUGGUGGAUACGCCGGGCGUGGUUAAGUGGUACUCGUGCGGUCCCACGGUGUACGACUGUACGCACGUGGGUCACGCCUGCUCCUACAUCCGCGCCGACAUCGUGAGACGGAUCCUGAGUCGAUUCUUCGAUCUGGACGUCGUCCUGCUGAUGGGCAUCACGGACGUCGACGACAAGAUCAUCAAUCGCGCCCGCGACCUGGGCGUCACUUACGAAACGCACGCGCGAAAGUACGAACGCGAGUUCCGCGAGGACCUGGCAAAGCUGGGUGUCCUGCCGCCGACCCUGUUCCUGCGCGUCAGCGAACACAUCGACGCCAUCGUGGCGUUCUGCUCCGCGCUCAAUGACAAAGGGUUCGCCUACGCAGCGCCGGACGGCUCGCUUUACUUCGAGCUUGCCAAGUGCCCCCAGUACGCCGUGUUCCGCACGCCCGGAAACGUGGGAGACGAAGACGCCAAGGCGAUCGGCAAGAGGGACGUCCGAGACUUCGCCCUGUGGAAAGGGGCGAAGCCCGGAGAGCCGUGCUGGGAGGCGCCCUGGGGUUCCGGUCGUCCCGGCUGGCACGUCGAAUGCUCCGCCAUGGCAAGCACCGUGUUCGGACCUUCCCUCGACGUCCACUCCGGUGGCAGGGACCUGGCAUUCCCGCACCACGAGAACGAACUGGCGCAGAGCCGCUGCUACCACGGCGUGCCCGGGUGGGUCAACCACUGGCUUCACACUGGACAAGUGCACGUCUGUGGCCCUGACGGCAAGCCCAUAAAGAUGGCCAAGUCCCAGGGCAACGCCAUGCCUCUUCGAGAGUUCCUCGAGAACCACUCGGCCAACGUGUUUCGGAUGUUCUGUCUGCAGAAGGCUUACAGGGCAGACAUACUCCUCUCUCCAGACAUGCUUCAAGGUGCCGAGAACUCCAUUCAAGGUUUAAACGAUUUUUGUGGGAACGCCAGUGCCUACGUUCGGGGACAGGUUCCCACGGCUAGUAUAGUGGCUAGGGACUUGUACGUUCUUCUGGACCAAACGAGGUCCAAUCUUCGGGAUGCUUUUGCAGACGAUCUGGACUAUCCCAAAGGCAGUGUCGUCCGUGUUGCACCUUAGUUCGCACAUCAAUGCAAAGCUUCAGGCACAGUCGAAAAACAUAGGAAACUUCAGUCAUAACGAUGUGGGCAGAGCCUGCAGUGGCAGCCUGCCUAGAAUUCGUCACCGACUUCUUCCACAAUCUCGGCCUAGAAUUGGCUGCAUCUCAGACUUAUAGUGUUGAAAAUUCGUCGACAUUGGUUCGUGUGUUGGACGACACGGUGUCGUUUAGGACGACAGUGCGAAACCACGCCAUGCAAAUUAAGGACAAAACUGCUCCUGCAAGCUUGUGAUGUGCUAAGGGACCAGCUGGAAAGCGAAGGCGUCAGAAUUAAGGACAGGAAAACGAAUUCCACGUGGGAGUUUGUUGACCGGGCGACAAUAAAGACGGGAGACAAGUGA